AGCAUCAUCUGCCAGGACAAUAUUUUUGGUUUUUAAUGAGCAGUAUGAUUUUAUUGCCAAACCAGAUGCAAAAUGCUGCACCUUGUAAUACUACCAGGUAAUUCUCCUUAAAAUGUUGUUUUCAAUAAUUGAAAUUGACAUCUUAAGCAAUUAAAGUUUAUUAUAUUAAACUCCAUUAACAUCUUUAUUGACUUUCUGUGGUGUACAGUCAUAUUUUACCAUCUUAAAACCAAUCCAUAAUGAGCAUUAAUUAGGUACCUUAAUUGAAUAUGCUUUAUGUUCAUUUAUAGCUCUGCUUCUCAAACUUCCACAAAGUAUACAGAAGAGCAAAACCCCUGGGGCCUGGGACCAUAGUCCAAAGCAUCCAACUUCAAUGUUGCAGCAGUAGGAACAUGGAAGAGAAACAAUCUGGAUAACAUGAAAGUGAUGCUGGUGGCUAAGGGAAGGCGACUUGAUUCUGUGGGAAGGGAUAUAGCUGAUCCAUCUGUUUUCUAGAUUUGAGUAUGAGCACAGUUGAAGAGGAUUCUGACACAGUAACAGUAGAAACUGUGAACUCUGUAACUUUGACUCGGGACACAGACGGGAACCUUAUUCUUCAUUGCCCUCAGAAUGAAGCUGAUGAAAUAGACUCAGAAGAUAGUACUGAACCUCCACAUAAAAGGCUUUGUCUGUCUUCUGAGGAUGAUCAGAGUAUUGAUGAUUCUACUCCUUGCAUAUCAGUUGUUGCACUUCCACUUUCAGAAAAUGAUCAGAGCUUUGAGGUGACCAUGACUGCAACCACAGAGGUGGCAGAUGAUGAGAUUACUGAGGGAACUGUGACACAGAUCCAGAUUUUACAGAAUGAGCAACUAGAUGAAAUAUCUCCCUUGGGUAAUGAGGAAGUUUCAGCAGUUAGCCAAGCAUGGUUUACAACUAAAGAAGAUAAGGAUUCUCUGACUAACAAAGGACAUAAAUGGAAGCAAGGGAUGUGGUCCAAGGAAGAAAUUGAUAUUUUGAUGAACAAUAUUGAACGCUAUCUGAAGGCACGCGGAAUAAAAGAUGCUACAGAAAUCAUCUUUGAGAUGUCAAAAGACGAAAGAAAAGAUUUCUACAGGACUAUAGCGUGGGGUCUGAACCGGCCUUUGUUUGCAGUUUAUAGAAGAGUACUUCGCAUGUAUGAUGACAGAAACCAUGUGGGAAAAUAUACGCCUGAAGAAAUUGAAAAGCUCAAGGAGCUCCGGAUAAAGCAUGGCAAUGACUGGGCAACAAUAGGGGCGGCGCUAGGAAGAAGUGCAUCUUCCGUCAAAGAUCGGUGCCGACUGAUGAAGGAUACUUGCAACACAGGGAAAUGGACAGAAGAAGAAGAAAAGAGACUUGCAGAAGUGGUUCAUGAAUUGACAAGCACUGAGCCAGGGGACAUCGUCACACAGGGUGUGUCUUGGGCAGCUGUGGCAGAACGAGUGGGUACCCGCUCAGAAAAGCAGUGUCGUUCUAAAUGGCUCAACUACCUGAACUGGAAACAAAGUGGGGGUACUGAGUGGACCAAGGAAGAUGAAAUUAAUCUCAUCCUCAGGAUAGCAGAGCUUGAUGUAGCUGAUGAAAAUGACAUAAACUGGGAUCUCUUAGCAGAGGGAUGGACCAGUGUCCGUUCACCACAAUGGCUUCGAAGUAAAUGGUGGACCAUCAAAAGGCAAAUUGCAAACCAUAAAGAUGUUUCAUUCCCUGUCUUAAUAAAAGGUCUUAAACAGUUACAUGAGAAUCAAAAAAACAACCCAACGCUUUUGGAGAAUAAAUCAGGAUCUGGAGUUCCAAACAGUAAUUCCAAUUCCAGUGUACAGCACGUUCAGAUCAGAGUCGCCCGCUUGGAAGACAAUACAGCCAUCUCUCCAAGCCCCAUGGCAGCCUUGCAGAUUCCAGUCCAGAUCACCCAUGUCUCUUCAACAGACUCCCCUGCUGCUACUGUUGACUCGGAAACAAUAACACUAAACAGUGGAACACUACAAACGUUUGAGAUUCUUCCAUCUUUCCAUUUACAGCCGACUGGGACGCCAGGUACCUACCUGCUUCAGACAAGCUCAAGCCAAGGCCUUCCCCUCACUCUGACUGCUAGUCCCACAGUAACCCUCACGGCUGCUGCUCCUGCUUCUCCUGAACAGAUCAUUGUUCAUGCUUUAUCCCCAGAGCAUUUGUUGAACACAAGUGACAAUGUUACAGUCCAGUGUCACACACCAAGAGUCAUCAUUCAGACAGUUGCCACAGAGGACAUCACUUCUUCCGUAUCCCAAGCAGAACUGACAGUAGAUAGUGAUAUUCAUUCAUCUGAUUUUCCUGAGCCUCCAGAUGCCCUGGAAGCAGACACUUUCCCAGAUGAAAUUCAUCAACCUAAGGUGACUGUAGAGCCAUCAUUUAAUGAUGCUCGUGUAUCCAAAUUCAGUGACCAAAAUAGCACAGAACUGAUGAAUAGUGUUAUGGUCAGAACAGAAGACGACCUUAAACAAGAGGAGGAAGCACCCUCUCAUUUAGCCUGUGCUUAUGUUACUGAGGAUUUAGAGUCUCCUACUAUAGAAGAACAAGUUGAUCAAACAACAAUUGAUGAUGAAACGAUACUUAUUGUUCCUUCACCACAUGGCUUUAUCCAGGCAUCUGAUGUUAUAGAUACGGAAUCUGUCUUGCCUUUGACAACACUAACAGGUACUGUAAUACAACUCCAUCAUGUGCCUGACAAGUCCGAAGGAGAAAAAUCAGGCAGUCAGAUAUUUAAUUCGGUUGUUUUAGUCUUUCUUGAUCCAACAAUAAAGAUAAGUCUUCUUGUUAAAUUUUUCACUUUGGUAGAAUACUUUAAAUUCUUGACAUGGAUUAGAGAAUAUAUACAUUACGUACAUUUAAGACUAACUUGAAACUUA